ACUCUACCAUUGUCCCCGUCUUCUCUGAGUCCGUAAAUUGCUUCUAGCGUAUUGUACCUAUCAGAAAGGCGAGAAAUUUCAAUCGGAAUGGCCGAUUUUCAUUCCUCUACUCACCGAGCCAAGUGGAUCUUCACUCCUCAACAACUGGUUGAAAAAUUCAAAGUUGCUAAUCAAAGAGCAAUAGAGACACUAGAGAAGGUAUGGGAAAGGCUUUGGUUCAACUGUACCCCUUUUUUGUGUGCAUAUAAGGAGAUGUUUGCAGCAUAUGGAUGAGUGUCAGUGUGAAUGUAUUUGUGCAGGCAUGUUGUUAUCCAAAUCUGUUACUGCCUAAUAGCAUUUUGGGAUUGGAUGAAUCCUAUUGACCCUUCAAGUCUGGUUUGUUGCACAAGUUAGUUCGUCUAAGUACCUGUUCAUUGAUUUGGACUAGUUAUUUUAGUUGCUCUAUGUGUUAGGUUUUCAGUUCAUGCAGCUUAGGACAAUGGUUUUGUAUUGGUAAUUUUCUUUUUCCGUUCUUAAAUGGGUUCACUUGACACUUAAAAGUUAUUGAUUGUCAAUUGUUGUGAGAGCUUUGUAUUUUCAUUUUCCUUCUUUUUGUUCCAAUGAAUAUGAUAAAUCAAUCAACUUUUACAUU